GCUAUUGUUCGCCAUGCAGAUAAACCAUACUAGUUGCUGUGACACAGGUUUUCUAAAUGUUCAUUAACCAUCCAGGCAGCACCCGAAAACAUAGAAUGUUGAAAUUUGAGUAAAAUCUUCCUUUGUUCAGCUAACGUUAGCUGGCAGUAGCUAUGAUACCUCGCUACCUUAAGUUGGUCCUUGAAAACCCCCAACAGGAAAGUAAAAGGCAACUUUCACCUCUUAGUUAGAUUAAUACUAUCUUUCAUUACUGUGUUGUGAGCUAAGUUGCCGCAAAACUUGUUCUUGGUUGCGGUUGCGUACUAUGAUCAUCCAGAGAUGUUACUUUUGCUAGUGUGUUAGCUCAGUUGACGGACGUUAACAUCCGAUUGAGGUGACUGUACAUUCAAAAGUCUGGUGGCCCGUGUUGUGUGCUAUCGCGCAGGCUGAUUCUACUCGUCAGCAAAUCAACAUGCUUUGCUCCAAGUAUAACUACGUGGCAGAAGUUACGGUUAAGGGUUCUUUUUGCCAUUCAUUCAGUCAGUCGAGACGCAAUGAACCAUCCGCUCGGCUGUCAAUGAAAAAUACACGUGCGGGAACAGAUAGGAUUUCAAUGUCGUUGGCGAGUGUCCCACACUGCCUCGUUCCAAAAAUAGCCCAUUACACCCGUGCCCUCAUAAAGCAUGAGUUUGCAGACCGCCGAGGGGAGUGGUGUCCGGACGGGUGGCAGAACAGAGGUCCAACCAGACAGACACGGGAACGACAGCUAGGCUAGAACUAGACAUCCCAGCAUAGGACACUACUGUGCCUUUCUUGUACUUGAACAGAGAUGUCGAAAGGCACCUCAGAAUGGAUCCAGUUUUUCAAAGAUGCUGGAAUUCCUCCCAGCAUGGCUGUGAACUACGCUGUGUCCUUUGUGGAUAACAGGAUCCAGAAGACGAUGCUGAUGGACCUGAGUAAGGACAUCAUGAUGGACCUGGGCAUCACCGUCAUCGGAGACAUCAUCGCCAUCCUCAAGCACGCCAAGAUGGUCUACAGACAGGACAUGUGCAAGAUGGCUACAGAGGCCAUCAACUCAGGCCAGACCAGCGUCCAGGCAGAGCUGCGGCGCACAGCCAAUACUCCUGCCACGCGGAUGAUAGCCAGUGCCCUGAGCAGGGACUCUCCUCCCAGCACCCCUGCGCAGUGGCCAGAGAACCGGCUCUCCGUCACCGUGGCCAACAAGGGAGCCAAGGGAGGAGCUAAAGCGUCAUCCAGCGACGCGUCGGAUGGAGGGAACGGUCUGCCGGUGAAGCGACGGCGCGUGACUGCGGAAAUGGAAGGCAAGUACAUCAUAAACAUGCCCAAGGGAACAACCGCCCGCACGCGCCGCAUCCUUGACCAGCAGGCCAAGAAGGGGAAAGCGAAGGGCUUGAAGCGUACAUCAGUGUUUGACCGACUAGGGGCAGAGUCCAAGGCUGACAGCACCUCCACAGCAUCAUCAAAGCCCACAGGCGUGUUCAGUCGACUGGGUGGCGGCACCCAGACCCAGGAAGACAGCAGCUGGCUGAAAGACGGAACCAAAUCGGGCACCGCCGGCGACAACGACGAUGACGACAGUGACGGGGAGGGCUCGGUGCUUCAGUACGCGGGCGUGCUCAAGCGACCCAACCCCUCCCCCGCCAAGAAAAAGGAACUGCCCUCCACCUCUGUCACGGUCACCGCUUCCUCCGCCACCAAGCCCACCACUCUGCAGAGGCUGGGCAAGAGGCUGAAGAGGCCCGCCACAGAAUCCUCCCCACCGCUCCCAUCAUCCACCUCUCCCUCCACCCAGGAGGGGGCGCCCAAGAGGAGCGUGCUUAACAGACUGGGCAAGGCCCCCGGCAGCCAAGGGGGUGGAGCCAAAAAGGGCUCGGCACACAGCAGGAUUACGUUAGGCCCCUCCUCCUCUUCCUCCUCCAUGCACAGUGACUCUCUCCCAUUGGCCAGCCCCAAGGUGAGCAGCAGCACAGGGGGGUCGGUAGCGUCCGACUGCCCCAGUGCACAGAUGGACGCUGCCACCGUCAGUGUGUUCAAGAGACUGGGCAUGAAGAGGAAAUAAAGUUUUUAUUACUUUUAGUUUUUAUUACUUUAUUAAUUUUUUUUCCUGCACGUAAACCAUAAAAUACACACCUAAGUUUUUCUUUUACUUCAAACAUGUAAAAGUAAUCUUUUACCUGACAUGUUUCGACGGUAUAGCUUCCGUUUUAAUCAGAGACUUUUACAUGUCUGAAGUAAAAGAGGAACGGAAAUGUUACUAGAACAGCUAGACAGAAUGACCAUCAUGCAUCUAUUAAACAUAAAAGACAAACACGCCACACACGCCAUAAAAUGCACACAAACAAACACACACAGAUAUUUUAGAUAUUUUUCAUUUUUCCUCAACUCUUUCUCCUGACCUCUCUCUGAACUUGUCACACAGAGACAUGUUUGCGACCCGCUUUCACUUAACGGACACUUUCAGUUGCUACAAACUCUUUCAGAUGGAACUUUGGAGUCUGUGUAUUUACAAGUUAGGUGAAAAAUAAGUUUUUUUUUCUGAAAAUGUGAUGAAAUGCAAAAAAGGAAAAAGAAAUGCAUUACGGUGCAAUACAGAAUAAUGGUGUGUUUGUUUUUGAUGCCUCUGUAUAGGUAACACGAUAUGGGAAUGAUGAAGAUAGAGCUACCUUACCUUCACUUAGGUGACAAGUGCUACGUUUACAUGAGACGUUUAAUUCGGAAUUAUUUAACUGACUUUAAUUCUGAAUAAAGCUUAAUUCCGCUUUGAAAACGUCAUGUAAACACCUUGAUUCGGAAUUAAAGGAAAGAUCAAAGUAAACUUGACGGAACUAUUUAAUUCGGAAUUAUUCUUUUGGAAUUAAAAACAUCAUGUAAACGUAGUGAAGGAGCCCUCAUGUAUACCUAAUAACCUCACAUUCCUAAAAUACCUUUUAUCAACGCUCUCCUGUAAAGCACGUCACAAGCCACAAGCCCCCCUGAUGCCUCGUUUCCCUGACAUAGUAAUUGGGUAGGUUGCAUUUGUGUGUUUAUUUGAAUGUGUGUAGUGCCAAUGCCAUGGCUGAUCGGGCCUAUUGAGAACAAGUAGAUUUUUAUCAGACAAUACAAGUCCCGUCAUCCUUUGAAUCCCGACAUAUCUUUGCUUUAUCACAGGUGUUCGUGUGGACCAGAGCUCUACUGCUUCUGUGUUUUAUUUCAUUUUAUUGAAUGAUGUCUUCGUUGAAUGCUAACAUUUGCAUGUUUGCUGUGCUUUGACAUCCCUUGUUAUCAGUGAUGAAAUGCUAUAGCAAUUCUCAGUGCUAGUGAGUGUCAUUCCUCCUUUUGUUUCCUUGGGCUUUUUGCCUUUCGGCCAUCUGAGACGAAAUCCUUAGGGUUUCCCCACUGUCAAGCAGCGCACAGCAGCUUUUUGUUUUGCUUAAGAGUGUCUCUCCAAAUCACUAUCCUGAUAGCAACUGAGGAUAACCUCUGAAUUGUUUUUGCAAGAGGCCAGAAGAAAACAAUAGGAGGAAUGGCAUUGACUUGUUUGCCCUCGGUCCUCUACUUAAAGGACAACAGCCCUAUUUACAACAUGUGUCCCCUUUUCUGACAAAACUUGUUAUGGAAUACCACAUUCUUGAAAACAACAACAGAUGUGGACAUGCGCAUAGGUGGCCAUUCUAAAGCCGGUUGAGACAAAAAAAAAAAAGCCAAAUAACAAAAGACGGCAACAAGCAGUUGGUGAGUAUCACUUUACCAAAUUGCAGACAGUUCAGAAAAGGGGCUAAAUGUACAAAAUAGUGCACUUGUCCUUUAACAGUGUGCUGCUAAUGCUUCAUAUUAGGAAUGCUACUUUUUGUCUCUUACAGACGCUCGCUGUGUCUCUGAAACGGGUUUUUCUGUUCUCUCGUUUGCGGCCAUCAUUAUUAUUAUUUCUUCAUUUCCAGCGAGUCUCAACACAAGAGUGUACUGCAUAGCCUAGCAUAUUUUGAGAACAUUUCAUAAACUUACACUUAGUCACAUACGAUAGCGAAGAUCCCCAUGUGACUUGUCAUGCUGACUGAAAAAAAACAACCUUUUUGAAUAUAUAGGUGUAAACAUCUUGCCUCUAAAAAAAAGAGAUUUUUGUAACCAUCUUGUUUAAAUGGUUUUGUUCACUUAACCCUGUUCGACACGUUCCCAGUUAUAAUUUAGUUGUUACCAGAAAGGCAAUGACCAAGUCGUUAUGAAUUACCAAAGGCCCUGUGUACUGUCAGUGGUCUAGUAUUAUGGUAGUAAAGGUUUUCAGUGACUAUUACAGCGUUCCACUGGUGGUGGAUUAGGGGCUGGUACUGCAUUUAGGGGCUACCAUCUCGUAUCUCGAAUCAAAAUGGUUGCAUUUACCUACAUGGGUUAUUUUGUGACUUAUCUCUUUGUGUUUCCACCAAUGUAUGAAGUAAUUCUACUUUUACUUGUUUUGUUCCAUGCAUGCAAGAUGGGGAGUUGGAUAAAGCCUUCUUCAUAUCAGAUCACACUGGCUGCUGGCUCAGCCUGACACUUACUAAGGCUCUCCUAAUUUCCUUUCUGCAUAUUUUGCCCCAAAUGUCAACUAGGUCCUGAAAUGUAAAAACUCUGCCACUAAUUUGAUCCAGCAUUGCUCUGAGGCAGCUGAUCAUUCUGAACCCUGAAGAAGGGGCACGUCAACUCUUUUGCAAAGUCACACCUGUGUUAGAGACAAGGAAAACAUAGCAAGGCUGGUAGUCGCUGAAUCUGGCAUUGAUACUCAUGUAGUUCCGAUCUGUUAGCUCACUGAGCUCUGGAAAGGUAGACAGCAUCUUAGGCCGGUAGACAGCUUUGUCAUUUCAACUGCAGCCAUGUCUGUGAGGGCAGAACAAUAUUCCAGCUGCGGAUUUGAACCAGUAGGGGGCAGCAUUUAGAACCCUUAAAUGUUUUCUUUUUUUUACCCCUCAAAAAUAUAUAAUUUUUAAGUGAGGCAAUGUAAAAUAUCUUAGAAUGCCAAUGCCUCCUACAGAGAAACCGUAGUGCGAGAAUAAUAAUUAAAAGCUUAUUUUCAUUGGCGCAGCUGAUAAGCUUUUAUUUCUCUUACUUGUACUAUUCAAGGUGCAGCAGCAUUUUGUUAAGCACUGGCUCCUAUGUGAGCUGGGUCUUCAAUUACCAACACAAUUCAACACUCAAAGGGUGGAAUUUUUAUGUAUUUUACUUUUUAUUUUCUAUUUUAUGGGAUAGAUCUCUGCAUUAUUUUGAAUUGUAAAAGCAAAAUAGCUGUGCAGAAGAGUUUUGGGAAUUUUGUAAUAAAAAAAAGAAUUGCGGUUGAAAUCUGAAA